GUAACGUUAAUACUUAUUUUAUCAAUAGAGAGGAUGAGUAUCAUGUUGGAAGAGUUAUCGGCAAAUAAAACUGUCGAUAGUCAUUCAUUAUCGUCUGAUGAAUGGGACAAAAUAUACCUUAAUUAUACAGAAGAACCCACAACCACCAAGGACAAAAAGGACGAAGGAUGGAGAAAAAUACUUCACAUUCCAUUCGAUCCUGUUUGGAGAGUUGUCUUGAUGGCACUUGUCACUGUAAGAAUUCUACUUAUUAUCGCUUCCGUGUCAAUACUAAAAUUCGAUCCAGACGAACAUUAUUACAAAUCCAAUAUAUUGACGUAUGCUUACCUGUGUCUUCUGUACUUUCUGGACACAUUAUUGCACACCAUGGCUAAAAUACAUCGUACCCAAAGAAGUACAUCGUUAAACCUUUUUCUGCCAAAUUCGGUAUUGGUAUGCGACUUUCUCUCAUGUAUACCGUUAGCUGUUUUCUUUCCAAGUUCGAUUGCCCACAAGAGUCAGUACUUACCCUCCUUCCUUCAAAUGAACGAAAUUUUAAGAAUUAUCAGGUUACUCUACCUGUUUGCCGACUUUAGAGAGACGGUCGGCGUGAAUCACAUAGCUGCCCUGUACUUGAACGCCUUUUUCUUUAUUGCCCUCAGCAUGUGUACAUCAAUUUCCGCGGGUUAUACCAUUUUAAAGUAUCAAUGGCCAGGCCCGCCUAGCGAAUUGACAUCGGCUGUAACUAAACUGGGCUCAACAUGUAUCAGUUUGGUUACAAUGUUCGCUGUAAUCGAGGGCGGAGAUACUUUUCUUCAUUUGUACAUAACGUUAGCAAUGUUCAUUGGUUUUGCAUACUUCACAGUUUAUUCAUUGGCUCUCGUUUUGACAAAACUGAAAGCCGUUCUCAAAAAGAAAUAUGUCUUUUUGACCAUCAAGAAGUUUUUUGACGUUCGAUGGAAGUAUUUGUCAAGUACGCAAGAUCUACACGACACGUUCAAAGAUGUUUAUCAAACAAUAUGGGUUCACAGGCAGGGGUAUUUGGACGUUGAUAUGAACUUUUCAGAUGUAAUAGCAAGCUCGAUGCAGAAAGAUCUCUUUUUGGAUAUCAACUGUCCAUUGUUUAAGCAUUCUAAGGUGUUUAGGAAAAUGGAUUUCGCUUUUCUCAGAGUACUAGCCUCGAUGGUAAAGCACGAGCAUUUAUUUGCAGGCCAAGUCAUUUUUCGAAGGAACACAAUUAAGAACAAAAUGAUAUAUCUGGCAAGUGGUAAGAUCAAAGUUAUGUCAAAAUGGGACGAAGACACGGCUCUCAUGACCUUUACGGAAGGCACUAUUCUUGGUGAAUCGAGCCUCGUUGUAAAUACUAAAUCGAUCACAACUGUCAGAUGCGAAACGUACUGUAUUAUUUACUUACUGGAAAGGAAAGAGUUCGAAAAAUGUUCAGUUAAAUUUCCAGAAAAUUACGGGAAGGUUAACGCCGCCAUAAAUAAAAGAAUCGAUAGGGCCAGAAAGCUUAAACAAUUGGCGACGCUGGCCAAUCAAAAACUGAGUACAUCGACCACUUUAGACCAGAACAGUAUUAUGUGGUUGAAGUUAACAUUGCACAGUUUAAUGAUGAAAGAUGAAAUAACAUCGUCAAAACAUACAAUUCAAAACUUGUUUUUAGCAAUGGACUUUUCGAUGGAAAGGUUCAAGGAUAUGCAAUUCACUGCGGAAAACUUGGACAUGCUUGUGAUUGCCGACAGGACUGCGAUGAGUGACGACUCGGUAUUCAAAAGCACGACAUUCCCGUGGAUAAUAACAUCAAAGAAUGUGAUUAAGACAGUUUGGGACAUUGCCAUCAUCAUACUGGCAAUAUUAUUUACAGCUUUCUUCCUUUUUUAUGGUUUCGGACUGGCCACCGUUCCUUAUUGGAUGAAACGAUUUAGCGAAUUUAUAACGGUUUUAUACGUUUUCGAUACUUAUAUUUUACUCAGUACAGUUGUCAAACAUAACGACAACUAUCUGGUAAGAAUGAAAGAUAUAAUCAGUUACCAUGUAAGACACGCGAGAUUUUAUCUCGCUUUAUUUGCGGCAUUUCCCACCGAAAUAUUCCUUUGUAUUUUCGAUCACAAAAUGACAGAUAGAAACGUCACUCUUAUCAAAGGAAACAGAUGCUUGAAAUUGUGGCGAAUUUACCUUUUUUUUAAGGAGAGACAGAAAAGGUCUUCGACAGAAUCAUUGGCCUGGACUUACUUUAUUCACAUUGUAAUUUUUCUUGCACUGUAUUUUUGUUGCGCUUGCGUCGCUUUUCUGGUAGGAGAUAUGAUCGGAGCCACUGACGAGGAAGAUACCACUAUGUUUUGGUAUUUUUUUGCAACAGAAACGAUCGUCGCAAAUAACGGUAUAUUAGGCAAAAUUCAUGUUUUGGAAAACAGCCCGCAAUUUUCUGCUCUGUUACGGCUCAUAUCGCUAUUCUUAUUCCUCAUAGCAUUCUCGCACCUUUGCGCGAUACACAUUUUACAAGAAUUUUCCAAAAUCAACUACAAGAUGUUUAUCAACGAAAUUCAUUACUUUUCGAAAAAAUAUAACUUUUCGGAUGGUCUUCGGCGUCGUUUGAAUCGUCUUUUGAUUACCAAUUGGCAUAUUGCUAACGGGAACGAUCUUCUGCAUAAUCUUCCACUGUACCCCGAUAAUGUUAGAACGUUGUACAAGACGCACAUGUUUUAUCAGAAGCUCCUUAAGAAUCCAUUGUUUAGAAACAUAUCUAGCGAAGCGUUACGAGAAAUUUGUGCAAAUGCCUCGGUAAAAAGUCUCCCAGAUCGCGAAGCUCUAGUUUAUUCAGGUCAAAUGUGUAACGCGUCAAUUUUUAUCUUGAGAGGUUACAUAAAAAAGGUUAGCGAAAAUGACGUUCUAGACGAUAGACUUUACGCGCCCGGAGAUCAUUUGUUGUUUUUGGAAACGUGGUUGAAUGUCAACGUUGUGAACAGUUACAUUAGCGCAAGCACUGUCAUUUUUCUGGAAAUAAGCACUAAAACUUGGAAACUUGUAAACACCAAAUACCCUGGAGAUUUUUCUCGUUUCACGAAAAUAAUGAACGAUCUGCAGAUCGCGGCUAAACUUCGUAAUAUGAGAAGCAGGUACACAGUGGAUCUUGUUCGGGAACUGAUAGAAAGCGCGCCGCCAAAAACGCCAUCAGUAAAUUCUUUUGGAUACAAUUUGCCCAUCGGUUCCCCGGAAGAAUACGAGUAUUACGUACCGUUCGACAGAUCGUCGUGGGGUUGGAUUCAGUACUUUCUUUUGCGAUAUACGUUUCUACCAGACGGUAAAUUUCUGAUAAUUUGGGAGACAUCAAGAUGCUUCUUCUUUCUGGUGAGUCUUUUGUGGCAUUGCUUUUAUUUUUCAUCUACGAAUCCGUUAUCGGGACAGUAUUUGGCCUUCACUCUUGACCUGUUCCCGUUCCUGGACAUGUAUUUAAGAUUGCACGUUUGUUAUUACAACGACGAAGGUAUAUUGGUUUCCCAUCCGCUGAAAACAGCCUCACAUUAUCUAAGUCAUUCGUUCGUUACCGAUUUUAUCGGAACCGCCCCUUUCUAUUGGCUGUUUCCUCGCGAAAACUAUUAUUUCUACGUUUAUCUUUUGCUGUUGCAAUCGUACAGAUACGCUGGCGUUAUCAGUUAUGCCAAAAAUCACGGCCUCAGGAUCAGUUCAUUUCUCGCCAAUGUCAAGUUCAUUCCACCAUUCCUUAGUUUUUGUAUUAUACUGGGAAAUUGCUUGGUACGACAGGCUUGUCAUUUUGGAAAAAAUAUAGGAGAAAGUGCCGAAUACACUUCUGAAGUUGUUUGCAAAACGGACACUUGGAUUACAAGCGUGACCAGCAAAAGACCUUUGACUCCCGAACAUGUUCAGCUCUACGGUCUCUAUUUGGCAACUGUAUCCUUCACUAGUUGCGGAGCCCUCAAACUUCGCCUAGCAGAUAUGUCGUCAGCUACUAUAGUCAGUUUUAUCAUGGUGACAAGCUUUUUUACGUUGGCAUUCAUGUUUUCAACUGUUGUAAAUGAGCAUUUAGCAAUAGGUAAUCGUUAUUUACGACACAAUACAAUUCUGACUUUGGUCAAAAGAAUUAUGCGCAAAGAACAUAUCAGACCGCUUUUGCAGAAUCAGGUUUUCAGACAUUUCAAUCUUAAAUGGCACAGAAAGAAGGGAUUGCCGAGACGGAGCGUGUUCGAUAAUUUCCCGUUGUGCAUUAAGAAAGACAUUUUCUACGAUAUGUAUGGGAAAAUUCUGCAAGAAUAUUCAAUAUUAUCAUCAGAGGAGAGCGUAAUUUUCUUUCGCGAUCUAUGCAUUCACCUUACCCACGACGUGGCGAUCAAGGGUUGUUUCAUAGCAGCAAUUAAUGACAUUGUGUCGAACGUAUACUUUCUUUUGGAUGGUUCGGUUGAGGUGGUGGGGCCUGAUGGAUCGAUACUGACAAAAUUAUACAUGGGAUCGAUGUUUGGUAAUUUGGAUACGUACGAAAACGCAAGACAAUCUAUAGCUAUAAUAGCCUCCGAAAAUGUAGAAUUUUUAUCUAUAAAAACAACACUCUUUCAUAAUAUAUUGGGCGAGCAUCCGGGAUGUAAAAGAUUGUUUCGCAACCUCACUGCGAUACAUAUAGACUUUUUGAAAGGACGCUUCGUACCACCGGUGGAGACAAAACGUUUGCAGAAAUAUUCGUACACUCGUAAAAAUCCAUUUGUUUAUAAUUUUCGGAAGGUAUGGAGGUGUUUCCAUUUAAUUUUUGUCUGCUAUUUAGGCGUCGUGUUCAAUAUAUACUGUUGUUCCGUGGAGAUCGUUGAAACUCCCGAAUUAUACAUUUUAUUUGCCACCGACAUUCUACACUUUCUUAACUUCUUCAUAAUACUUGUCGCUUACAAAGACAAACUCGGUUACUACGUCGACGAUUACAAAUACAUCUGGAAAAGGGUUUGGCGAUCCAAGUAUUUUUUUAUUGCGGAUAUCCUGGCUGUUGUUCCGUUAGACGUGAUUCCCCUGAUUGCUCCUGGUUCUGUUGCAGGAAGAUAUAAAGCGUUUUGUAUCUUGAGGCUUUUUAAAAACGCACGAAUUCAACAUGUGUACCAUUAUUUCAACGAUAACGAAUACAAGACGCUGAACUCACUUCAUCGUACUCUCUUUUUAUAUUCGACCGCUUGGGUCAACUUGGCCAUACACAUACUCGCCAAUACUUUUGUAAAAAUGCAAAUCUACUGCGGAGUAACGUUUGUAAAUAUGGAAUUUAACGUUGUUAAUUUAGAAGAAAACACGUUCAAUCAAAAAAUUAAUUUUUAUUUAGACAAUUUAAAUUACGUGACAGCAAUGACGUCGAAGAAGAUUCACCAAAUUUUUCAUCCAAACAGCAAUUAUCUACUUGGUCUCAGCAUUCCCAUAAUAUUUCUAAUGUUGAUAGUGCACAGCACGUUCAUGGCACAGGUUUGUGCUGCCGCCCAAAGAAGUUUCGCCCUUUUCACAAACCAUUAUUUGGUAACGGAGAAAAUUCUUGCCCUUUGCGACGGAGAAAACAUUUCGGAAGGUCUCAGAAACCGGAUACUCCGUUACAUGCAACUGUUGUGGAGGAAACAGAAAGGCUUUAAAAUGAUUUCAGUUUUUUCCGAAAUAUCGCCGUAUCAUAGAGAGCUGGUGAUGAACGCCGCGUACGGCCAUCACAUUUUCCAACACUACAUAUUCAGACAAUGCCAUGUCGAUUUCAAUAGACAACUUGUUUCCUUUUUUGUGUGCACCUUCUAUUAUCCCGGCGAUUUUAUUGUUUUCAAAGGCACCUAUAAUGAAUGUAUGUAUUUUGUACACGCUGGAGUGGUCGAAGUUCUUGCCGACGACGGUACUCGCGAUUCUGAAGUCAUUGAAGUGCUUAAAAAAGGCCAGUAUUUUGGAGUUCAUCAAGGUUUGACGGUGGCCCCGUACCUCUAUUCGUAUCGGUCUAAAACGAUCACUACUUGUUUGAUUUUGUGCAAAAAACAAUGGAAACAUUUGUUGCAGUUCUUUCCCGCUUCGGAAAGGACAAUUAACAAACGAAUGAAAGAAUUUCACGAAUAACAUUUAUAAAUAAACAACACUCAAUAAAA